AUGGCAUGCAUUGUUCCUUCCCGACCGGAGUUACUGCACACACGUCCUCAAUCUACUCUACAAUGCACUAAACUACAUACACUGCUGCCACACGGUCUACACAUUGAAGUUCUGCAGCCCGUCACGAAUCACCAAUGCACCAGCCUGACAGACACGCACACACACACAAUCCCACAGAAGUGUGUCCUCGUUUGUACCUUUGCGUAGGUUUCGAGCAGCAUCUUGCUCGACGUGUGGCGCAUCACGGCCUGCAACACACACACAGCACAUCCACACAGAUAGAUAUGGACUUGUCCAUCCACCCGCACCCGCUCAAACUCACCUGAGCGACGGCGAGGGGCACCGGGGGAUUGAACGUGGCGGACAGAGUAGCGAACGAAUGCCUGCAAUACAACAAAGAGACAGACAGAUGAACAUACUCAUCAACACACGUGAGUGUGUGUGUGUGUGGCGGCUUGCCUGAGGAUGUAUGGGAAGACUCUGCGAGUGCGGCCGUCCUCGGUCACAUCAACACCAGCCCUGCACACACACACACAUGUCAAGCAACCAGCCACAACGAAGGAGAGAGAGAGAGAUGGGGACAUACGACCACGCUCACACACACACAAAUUACCUGCGGGCCGUGUUUUCUAGAGCGAGCUUGAAGCACCCUGCCAGCCACACACACAUUCACACGUGUUUCUGGAUUGGCUGCGCUCCCUGCCGGCCCGCCUCGCCGCCAAUUUUUUACGAACGUAUUUCUUUUUGCAGCGGUUGCGUCUUCAUUUGGUCCUCGAACACGCGCUGGUAGAAACACCGACCUGCGCGGGCACACCCUUACUCAUUCAGUGGUCCAUCCAUCCAUCCAUCGGUGUGUGUGCGUGUGGGUAUGGGUAUGGGUACCUGUGCGCGGCCUUUUCUCCAGCUCCCACCUACACACACAUAUGGCUGAUGGAUUGAUGGUGUUGUCCCAUGUGUGUCGGGUGUCCGUAUGUGUGUUUGGCGGGGGGGGGGGGGCCUACCAUUGUUUCAUUUCUCUGAGUGCGAUGGGCGUGAGGGGGAUGGUGGCACCUGAUGUGGACGUCUUGCUCCCUGACGCAUGCACGCACACACACACACACAAACACAUCUGGUGUGAUUCAUUAGCGUGGUUUGGGUGUGUGUGUGUGUGAGUACCUCUGACUCGCAGAGUGGCCCUGUCCAUAUCGACAUCCUCCCACCGAACCUGCACCAACUCGGAGGGUCUCAAGCCAAGACCUGCUCACACAACAAAGCCACGCGUGUGUGUGUGUGUGUGUGUGCAGACAGAUACACGAACACACCCACCUGCGCCGAGCCCGAACAGGGCUCUAUACAUGGGAGACGAACAUGCGUCGAGCAAUCGACGCACCUGCACGCAGCGAUGGGGAUGGAACACACACUCGCAGACAGACAGACGGACACGUGCGCAUGGCGUACCUCGUCAGCGGUGAAAGGGAUGAUCGGCCGGGUGCGUCGGGUUGACCCCUGCAGCACGUGCACACAUCAACAGAUGUGCAGAGGGUCAACAGUGGAUGCAUGUCUGUGUAUGGUGUGACCUUGAUGACUCUGAAGGGGGGCAUCUUGGCGACGCGGCCCGAAUACACACCAUACUUCAAUGCGGCCUGAAUCACAGACACAUCGCACACACCCAGGGAUAUUCUGACACGCCAAUGGCACCCACCCACCCACACACGCACUUGGUAUGCUGCCUGGUGCAGUGAAAGAGUCCGCGCGCUGCAGCCUCUCUCCUUGAGCAACCUGAUAUAUCAACGGAUCCACGCUUGACGCCAUGGUCUCACGGUGUCUCUGUGUGUGUGGGCGAUGGGUGGUAUCUGUUUACCUACCUUAGGUAGUCUUCCCAGUGUUUCGGGGUGAGAUCAGUCAGCGGCACACUGCCCAAAUGCUGCUCACACGCACAUCAUCACAUACACAGAGGGAGGAGGGCCAUGCCAUCCGUCCGUAUGUGUGUGUGUGGGGACACUCACCUUGAGUAUGUGUGUCCAGAAUCCCUUUUCGACGCGAAUGGUGUGCGCGCCGACCUCCUCUGCCCUACAGGUGGGUGGGUGGAUCCACACACGCACACACGUGUGCUGUGGAGUGGAGUAUGGGUGAAUGCACUGACUGACUCACCUGACGGGCAGGAAAGUCUUGGUCACGAAAUCUUUCAACGUUUCCUGACGGACGAAUCGAUUAUCGUGUUGACAGACAGACACAUGCAUCGAUGGAUGCACACACCGGUCGUUCGUCGAUCUUGAAGCCGCACUCAGGGCAGAAGCGGGCCUUCUUGGGCAAAGACGCCCCACACGACGGACAAAAACCUGCGACACACACAUGACUGCGCCCUUAGAAGAGAAAAGGUGUGUUCGUGUCCCGGAUACCUUUGUUGGUCUUGGCAGCUCCGGCGUCUUCUUCUUGUGGGUACAGAGGGGCAGCCGCCUGAAGCAGAAACAGAGGCAUAUGAAUGUCUUUUCGUCUUCCUCCCUCCCUCCCUCCCUCCCUCCCUCUGUGUGUUUACUGACGAGGUGUUCUGCCCUCUGGCGCGCCAUUUCUGUCUGCCGGAUGGCCGUGUCAGGCCGCCUCGGAUGACGAUGCUGCUGAUGGAUACACACAUGGACACCAAAACACACGUGAGGGCCUCUCGUGUGCGCGUGCACUCACCCCGUCUGUGUCGGUGUGGUCGGUGAGAAUGGUGUGGAUGAUGUCGGCCUUCCUCAUGUGCUUCGACACAUAGCGAUCCAUCUACACUUACAAGAAAACACACAAGUGGGUCUGUCUGCAUAUUCACGCAGGAACGCCCAUUUCUUUACCUCUCUGCAGAUGCUUUUGAGUUCCACCACAGUCAGCUUCUCGAGCGACGCCCUUGUGUGCCGAUGGUGUGCGCCGCUGUGGUGAUCCGCACCCACUGCAGAUGCACCCGCCGCGCUGCACACGCGUAGACCACACACAAGAAACACAUUCAGAUGGUCACAGGAUUGGUCUGCUCGAGGGGGAGGGAGGGAGCGCACCUGUCAUCGCUUUCUGGGUCUCCUUGGUGCUGUGUGUGUCGGUCGCCAUUGGCCGUCCUGUCGUUGUAGAGCACCAGGCGGUCAAUCAGCUCGUCCUUGCGGCCUUUAGCCGACACACACAAUGUCCGGCUGUCAUUGCAGACACACACACAUACACACAUACACACAUACACGUGGCUGUGUGCAUCCUCCAUCCAUCCAUCCAUCAAUGCGUACCAGAUAUCUCUCAGCUGAGUGACCUUCAUGCCCUCGAGCGACGGUCGGUCGAAUGGCCCAUACCUGUAAGCACACACACAACACACGUCUGUGUCUGACCCCACUGCCUGCCGUAGAGCUCACUGGUCACUCAUUGUAGUUGUUAUGGGCGGCAUGGAGGGUAUUGGCAGCGGGGUGGGGUGGUCCAUGACAUCUGCACGCAACGCAACACAACACAUCACAACGAAACUCACAGACACAUGACUGUUGUGUUGUGUCUGCUUACGUACCUUUGCUGCCGCUCGUUCCUCUUUUCCCAAAUGACACAGACGGGCGCUGUUUGCCACACACACACACACACACACACACAGAGAGAGAGAGAGACCACACACACACUCACGCAGCGCGCCCAAGCGUACCUUCACAGCAGUUGCGGCAUAUGCGUGCAGGUGUGUCGUGGCAGCCCUCUCAUCAUGCGACAGGGACGACGGCAGCAGGAACACUGUCGGCAAACGCAUCACCGCACGGCUCUCACACAAGAUCUCUCAACAGCUCGGCGCUGCUGGGUGUUUGUGUCAUGGCCCUCGGAGGCGAGCGCAGGUCAACAGAGCAAACUCGUCAUCGGCCUCACAGCCGUGGUGGAUGGCUGCAAACAGACGGGCAGACAGAGGAGGACAGAGGAAUGACUUGCAACCCAGUGUCCUGUUGAGGUUUCAAUCGGCUCUCUCUUCCCACCUGUGGGCAGCCUGGCCGCCCUCUGAUGAGUUCGGGCUCCAAACUCACCCA